UUGUGUUUUUGUCGUUGUUUUGCCCAAGUUUUGCCUUCUUUGUUGAUCAUCGAAUUUUUAGUUUAGAUUGCAAUGAUCACUGAUUUUGCAAAAGAAAAGGUAUAUUGGACACGCAAAAUGAAUUUGAAGUUAGUGAGAUACAUACAGACUCGACCCAAUAUUUGGAAUCCGAAACAUCCGAAAUACACUUCUGUGGAACAUAGAGAUCGUACUUACGCCGAAUUUGCUUCGAAAUACGGCGAUGAAUUCACUGGACAAGCAGUAAAAGACCGUUGGACGAAUAUAAGAUCUACAUUUUCGCAUUAUUUACGAAAAUUAAAUGCUAGUCGCGCUAACGAUGGCGCAGAGGAAUAUAAAAUUAAUUGGCACCUUUGGGAAGCUUGCCAGUUUUUAUUAUCAGUGAACAAAAGGGGCCAAAAUGAUUUAUCAGAUGAAGAUGAUAAAAAGGCUAUUGUAAAUCAAGAAGAUUGGGUUAGUGAAGAUGAUGCCUCUCCCACCGAUAACUCCAAAGAUAAUAUGUGCAAAAGUAUUGCUGAAAAUCUAUUUCACAUUUUACAAAGUGCACAAAAUGAAGGACUUAAUAACACAGAUUCUACAAAAUAUGGCUAUGUGGGACGGGCCAUAUCAAAAACCUUGUCUCAAAUGAGUUCUUUUGAUGCUGCCUGUGCAUCACAGAAAAUAAUGGAAAUCCUGCUAUUGUAUGACAAAGAUAAUCCAAAUAAUCCUAAUAAUAAAAAUGUAGUAUAUCUGUAAACCUAAAAUUUAUUUUUACUUUCUACUAACAUACUUAAAUAU